CUAACUGUUUCCCUCCAUUCCCUCGCGCACAGAAGGGGAGCCGCGGGAGUUCGCCGGAGAUGUCGUCGGCGGCCAUGAAGCUCGCAAACGCUGCUGACACUAGCUCGGAAGAGUCCCAAUCCCUCAUCGCGGACAUGCGCAAGGCCGUCAACACAUUGAGGUCCAUCGCCGUCGAGUACGAGAAGGAAAACAGGCCCGACAAGGUCAAGGAGGUCGAGAAGGAAAUGCUGGAGCUCUUGGCUUCAUACGAGGACUGCGCGUUCCUAGCCGAGGCGGUCAAGGCAGUGCCUCAGAUAUACCAGCCGUCUGAUCAGCCUACGGAUUUCAAAAAGCUAAUCGAGGCGGAGGUUACCAAAAUCAAGGGUAACUCACGAGUGUCGGGACAUUGCCAGCAGCUCGUUCGGCAGUUCAGAGAGGUUGUUUGGGAUGUUCAUCAUGCAGGUCAGCCCAUGCCUGGAGAUGAACAAGAGGAGCUCGUUAUGACUAGCACCCAGAGGAACAUCCUAAAUAUCAAAUGCCCAAUAACUAUGAAGCCCAUAAUUGAGUUGACAGAUCCAGUUCGCUGGAAAGCAGUUAGUGCCCUGCUUGGUUUUAUGUCGAAGCUCUUUGAAAAUUGUGUCAUCGCUCAACUUAAAUGGUUGAAUCUUGAGCUACAUACUAUUUAGUAAACAAUCGCUGAAAAAAUCUCACUUUCUCAUUGUGUUUCCACUGGUUAAUAACCGGUUGAAUUUUUUUAGCACGACAUCAUGUUCUAAAGAUUAACUUUCCACCUGCAAAUAUCAAGUUUUGUACGCAUGAGUCGGUGGCCUACAGUUCCAUUUUACUACUCCCUCCAUCCGGAAGUAAGACUAUACAAAUCCAAGUCACUUAUUUCCGGACGUAGGGAGUACUAUUUUUGUUUUGCCUCUACCCUUUCAAUCUCAUUAAAAUCGUCAGGAUCUGUUAGCCCCUUGUGUAUGAUCCACAUGCUAUAAAAAACAUCAGGAUUUGGUUAACGCUUGUGCAUGAUCAGCAAUUCAGCAUGCUAUAAGCAAGCAUGUUUUCUCUGUUAACAAACCCUGUCAUUCCGUCAGUAAAACUAGUUCGGAAUUGUCAAUCAAACAACUAGGAGUGCUACCAAUCGAACUUCUGAUUAUUGAUUUUGAUUUAUUUUGCUCAUUUAACGAGUUUUACCAAUCGACACAAUAGUAGAAGACUAGAAUUUGUGCACAUACCGAAUAUUUUCAAUUCCAAAUACUGACACUAUAUGCUUCCUUUCCUUUCCCUCUGCAGUACGGAGUGCAGACACAUAUAUGACAAGAAUCCUAUUAUAACUUACAUGAGAAACAACAAACCUCCGCGGUGCCCUAUUGCAGGUUGCCCAAAGAUGUUACACAUAGGGAAUGUUAAAUGCGAUUCCAUGCUCCGAGUCGAAAUCGAUGAGUUCCGUUCAUCAGGGGCUGCUGAUUCAAUUGCUUCAGAUAUAGAAGUUAUCUCGGACUUGGAUGAUGACGAGGAGGAGCCAAUGGAUGAGGACAACGGCGAUGAGUACGAGAGGAGGGUGUGGCAAGUUUGGUAUGUAGGAUGAUGCUAGCUCUUAGAACUGUUCAGGACGUACUUGUCUGGACCAUCACUGCGGUCUGGCUGGCACCUUUUCAUCUUUGGUGUUCUUUGUAAGAAACGUGAGUCUUGUGUAGGUUAGCUACUUAGCUGAAGUAAUGUAGCAGGCUUAGCUGAAAUAUAUCGAAGUAUCGUUCAAACUCUUGGUCUGAAACAGUGUUCUGUUCCAUUUAAUGAAAUAGCUCUUGGUUUCCUCUAUAGAAUAA